UCUGGCCAUGAUGAAGCAACCGCAGCAAGACCAAGACGGCAUCCACGUCGACGCCGGCGACGCGCCCGGCUCCGACGCCCCUCCUCGUCCCUCGCGCCGCCGCCGCAUGAGCCCGCUGCGCAUCUUUAUCAUAGCCUUCCUCGCCGUCUGCGCACUCGUCGGCGUCAUCGCGCUCCUCAUCUGGCUCAUCUACCGCCCCAGCAACAUCCAGGUCUCCGUGGACGCCGCGACGCUGUCCCGGUUCAGCGUGAACUCGACGGCGACCCCGCCGGCGCUGUCGUUCAACCUCACCGCCGGCCUGAUCAUCACGAACCCGAACGCGCGGGUGGCCGUCUACUACGACCUGCUGCGCGCCGAGGGCAUCUACCUGGGCGAGCGCUUCGACCGGAUCGCCCUGCCCAUCUCGUUCCAGCCCGCCAACCGCGCCGACGUGGUGCGGGCCGUGCUCGCCGGGACCUCGGCCGCCGCCGGCGGUGAGCAGACGGCCAAGAGCGCCUUCUACCCUGUGGAUCUGUGGCUCGACGGUGUCGUGCGGUACAGGUACGGCAGGCUGAUGAGGACGGCGGCCAGCACGCUGUCCGUCAAGUGCCCGCUGGUGCUGCAACUCAUGGUCGCAUCGGGAACGGUCGAGUGUACUGUGAAUUUGUGAUCCGGCUCGUGAAUCUAGUUUUGCUGCCUUCUCGUCGAUGUUGGCGGGCUUGUUGCCUCUAGGAAAAACGAAUUUGGCACGAGCGCUAAGGGCGUCGCUUGGUUUCUUACUGUGUCG